AUGCGCUGGACGACAUCUCUCCUCACGGCUGCGCCGCUCCUUACCUUGGGCGCGUGUCAUGCCGUCAUCCUUAAUGCCCAGGGCACCAAAGGCUCUCCAGCCAUCGACCCUGCCAUCGCUCGCAACUGCAUCACUAUCAACCCCUGCCAGCAGGAUACCACCAUCAUCCGCGAUGCAGAGAUCAAGGCCAACAUUGUGAAUCAGUGUGGCCGCACGGAGCUCAAGGGAAAUGUCGAUGUUGGGGAGAAUACAGAGAAUGCCUUGUCUGCAAACGCUGUGACUCAAGUCGAGCCCGGUGGUGAGGUCACCGUCACACUCCACCAGGUCAAUGCCGACGGUGCAGGGCCGUUUUUCUGUGAUAUCGACCAGACAAGCAAUACUGGCGUCGGUAUUCAGAAUCUGACCGUGGUCGACAACGUGCCGGGCACCAAUGGCUUGUCCCAGGCCAAGACGCAGGCAUUUGACAUCACGGUGAAGAUGCCCGAUGACUUGAAGUGCACUGGUGCUUCCACCGGAAAUGUCUGCACAGUCCGCUGCCGCAACAACGCAAUCGCCGGACCCUUUGGCGGCUGCUUUGCAGUGCAGCAGACCAACACGCAGGCCGCGUCGAACAGCCCCAACACCAUUAACACGGCGCAAAAAUUGACUGAUAUCCUGGACCAGGUGCAGAUCAACCAGGCCGACUUUGGCAAGUCGGUCGAAGCCAACAAGGUGGCCGGUUCCGAGGAAGGCCGACAGAACCUGGCGGCUGUCCAAGCGCUCUUGGGCGACGAGGUCAUUACGCGCACGUUUCCCCAGGAAACGCCGUCUGUUGUUCAGGGCGGCAAUCAGGUGACUGAGACUCCUAACAACAACAACAACAACAACAACAACAAUAACAACAACAACAACAAGAAUAACAAAAAUAACAAGAACAAUCAGAACAACCAGAACCAGAAUAACCAGAACAACCAGAACAACCAGAACAACCAGAACAACCAGAACAACCAGAACCAGAAAAACCAGAAUAGCCAGAGCAAGAAUGGUAAUGGUGGUGCUGGUGGUGUCAAUGGUGCUAAUACCGGCGGUGCCGGUGGUGUCAAUGGUGCUAAUACCGGCGGUGCCGGUGGUGACGCCGGUGCUAAUACCGGCGGCGGUGCCGGUGGUGCCGGUGGUGCCAGCGGCGGCGGUGCCGGUGGUGCCAGCGGCGGUCGUGGGGCCGGAGGUGCCGGAGGUGGCAGUGGCAGCAAAAAUAAUGGCAACGAUGGCAACGAUGGCAACGCUGGCAGAAAGAGGCGGGUGCUGGCAUAA